AUGUCUGAUAGUCCGCUAAUAAUACCUUCCGGAAUUCUAGAUUUAUUGUAUUGUUCUAAAGAACAAAAGAGGUGUAUGUUGCACAGGCCAUGUCACAAUAAUCACAUGGUAGGUGUAACCGUGAAGAUUCUUCAUGAUCAAAUUGAUCGAAGACAUUCACAUUGCUUACAUAUUCAUUGCAAUACAGAUGUGAGUUACAGUUUUGGUAUAAUUAUACAUGAAGUAAUUUCUGGAUUACCUCCGUAUUAUGAUUUAAGCCAUGAUAACAGUUUAGCAAUAAAAAUUUAUCAAGAGCUUAGGCCAAGGUUUAAUAUUAGAGUACCUCAACCUAUUAUUAUUAUAAAAGAUGCUUAG